AUGCUGUUCCGCAGUCUGCUGUCGACGGCUGUCCUAGCCGUCUCCUUGUGUGCGGAUAAUGUUUCCGCUGCUAAGCAUGGCCGCUUUGGCCAAAAGGCUCGCGAUGCCAUGAACAUUGGGAAGCGUUCCGCCAACGCAGUGAAGCAUGCACAAACGACCCCAAUCGAGGACUAUCAAUUCCUCACCAACAAAACCAAGCAAUUUCGCGUGGAAAGUCUACCCGAUGUCCACUUCGACCUUGGUGAGAUGUACUCUGGCUUGAUCCCCAUCGAAAAUGGCAACCUGUCAAGGUCCCUUUUCUUUGUCUUUCAGCCCACAAUUGGUGAACCCGUGGAUGAGAUUACCAUUUGGCUCAACGGUGGCCCUGGAUGCAGUUCUCUGGAGGCCUUCCUGCAGGAGAAUGGUAGAUUUGUGUGGCAGCCCGGAACCUUCCAGCCUGUCGAGAACCCAUACUCCUGGGUGAACUUGACUAACGUGCUGUGGGUUGACCAACCCGUUGGAACGGGAUUCUCUCUUGGUACCCCAACUGCUACGUCCGAGGAAGAUAUUGCAGCAGACUUUGUGAAAUUCUUCAAGAAUUGGCAGCAGACCUUUGGAAUCAAGAACUACAAGAUUUAUGUCACCGGAGAAAGUUAUGCGGGCCGCUAUGUUCCCUACAUUUCCGGGGCUUUCCUUGACCAGAACGAUACCGAACACUUUGACCUAAAGGGUGCUAUGGCAUAUGACCCAUGCAUUGGCCAGUUUGAUUAUGUUCAGGAGGAGGCACCUGUUGUGCCGUUCGUCCAGAAGAACCUCAAUCUUUUCAACUUCAAUGCAAGCUUUAUGGCGCAGCUGGAGAGCAUCCACGAAUCUUGCGGGUACAAGGACUUCAUCGAUCAGUACCUUGUCUUCCCUCCGUCCGGUGUUCAGCCCCCGAAGUACAUGAACUGGAGCGACCCCACCUGUGAUGUGUUUGACAUUGUCAACGACGCGGUUCUGGACCCCAACCCUUGCUUCAACCCUUACGAGAUAAACGAGAUGUGCCCCAUCCUCUGGGAUGUCCUUGGAUUUCCCACCGAGGUUGACUACCUCCCUGCGGGUGCCACUAUCUACUUCGACCGUGCCGACGUCAAGCGCGCCAUGCACGCCCCGAACAUCACCUGGUCCGAGUGCUCGCUGGAGAACGUCUUCGUCGGUGAUGGUGGUGGCGGUCCCGAGCAGGAGGGUGACCUCUCGGCCAACCCCAUCGAGCAUGUCUUGCCGCAAGUCAUUGAGGGCACCAACCGGGUUCUCAUCGGCAACGGUGACUUUGAUAUGAUCAUCCUCACCAACGGCACACUUCUGUCAAUCCAGAACAUGACCUGGAACGGACAGCUUGGCUUCCAGACUGCGCCCAGCACCCCGAUCAACAUUGAUAUUCCGGACCUGAUGUACAACGAUCUGUACAUUGAGAACGGCUAUGACCCUCAAGAAGGCCAGGGAGUCAUGGGCAUCCAGCACUAUGAGCGUGGUCUCAUGUGGGCGGAGACCUUCCAGAGUGGACACAUGCAGCCCCAAUUCCAGCCGAGAGUGUCCUACCGCCACCUUGAGUGGCUGCUUGGACGGAGGGAGACUCUGUAG